UCAUUCAGUAAAAUGGCAGAAGCCAGAGUUUCUCAGGAUGAGUUCUUGUGUCCAGUGUGUCUGGAUCUCCUGAAGGAUCCAGUGGCCAUUCCCUGUGGACACAGUUACUGUAAGAUCUGUAUUACAGACUGCUGGGAUCAGGAGGAUCAGAUGAGAGUCUACAGCUGCCCUCAGUGCAGACAGACCUUCAGUCCAAGACCUGCUUUAGCUACAAACACCAUGCUGGCUGAAGUGGUGGAGAAACUGAAGAAGACCAAACUCUCUGCUGACUGUGACGCUGGAGCUGGAGAUGUUCAGUGUGACGUCUGUACUGGAAGAAAAUACAAAGCUGUCAGGUCCUGUCUGAUGUGUCUGAACUCUUACUGUCAGAAUCACCUCGAACAACAUGAGAGUUUGUUUAAAGGAAAGAGACACAAUCUGACUGAAGCCACUGGACGACUGCAGGAGAUGAUCUGCCAGAAACAUGAGAAGCUCCUCGAGGUUUUCUGUUGCACUGACCAGGAAUGUAUAUGUGUGCUGUGUACAAUUAAUGAACAUAAAAACCAUGACAUUGUUUCAGCUGCAGACCAGAGGACAGAGAAACAGAAGCAGCUGAAGGAGAUGCAGAAGAUGUUCCAGCAGAGAAUCCAGCAGAGAGAGAAAGAUCUUCAGCAGCUGAGAGAGGCUGUGGAGUCUCAUAAGCGCUCUGCACAGACAGCAGUGGAGGACAGUGAGAGGAUCUUUACUGAGCUCAUCCGCUCCAUUGAGAGAAGCUGCUCUGAGCUGAUACGGCUGAUCAGAGAUCAGGAAAAGACUGCAGUGAGUCGAGCUGAAGAACAACUGGAGCGACUGGAGCAGGAGAUCAAUGAUCUGAGGAGGAGAGACGCUGAGCUGGAGCAGCUUUCACACUCACAGGAUCACAUCCAGUUCCUGCAGAGUUUCCAGUCUCUCUCAGAACCUCCUGAAUCUACAGACAUAAAUGAUGAUCCCUUCAGUUCUCUCGUCUCUUUUGAUGCUCUGAGAGAAUCUGUCCAACAGCUGAAAGACAAACUGGAGGAUUUCUGCAAAGAGGAGCUCAAGAAGAUCUCAGACAGAGUCACAUUCACCAACAUUGUUCUCUGGACCAGGAACGACUUCCUACAAUAUUCCCAUCAGCUAACUCUGGAUCUGAACACAGUGAAUAAACGACUCCAUCUGUCUGAGGGCAACAGAGUGAUUACUAACACUGGCACAGAUCAGCCGUAUCCUGAUCAUCGAGACAGAUUUGAUGAGUGGUCACAGGUUUUGUGUAGAGAGAGUGUGUGUGGAUGCUGUUACUGGGAGAUUGAGUGGAGUGGAGAUGUGUAUAUAUCAGUGUCAUAUAAGAGCAUCACCAGGAAGGGAUAUGGUAAUGAGUGUUUGUUUGGAUAUAAUGAUCAGUCCUGGAGUUUGUUCUGCUCUCCCUCCAGAUACUCAUUCUGGCACAAUAACAUACAGACUGCUCUCCCUUUGAAGUCCAUCAGCAGUAGAAUAGGAGUGUUUGUGGAUCACAGUGCAGGAACUCUGUCCUUCUACAGCGUCUCUGACACAAUGAGCCUCAUCCACACAGUGAAGACCACAUUCACUCAGCCGCUCUUUCCUGGGUUUUGGGUUUGUAUUGGAUCAUCAGUGAAACUGUGUUGAUGAAUCAGAGUAGACUGACGAGAGAAUCUACCCAUGAUGCUUUGAGCUGCAUGAUGAAUCAGUAACAGUGAGAUGU